AUGGAGCUCUUACGCCUACAAUCAAUCACUCAAAGUGAAAUAUUAAAUCAGAUUCAAGUAAAAGCUGAAGCAGGACAUGUUUUCGUUUUGUACAUUUUCCAACUGAAUAAUUUAUUAAAUAGAAAACAAACUAUUGUAUUAAAACGCAGACCUCAGGAAGUUUUAGUAAAUAGGUUUUGGCUUCAUCAAUUAGAUUGCUUUAAGCAUUUAACAAUAAAAGAAAUCGAAGUUCAAGUGUUUUCGAAACUUCUUCAAGAAGUUACGCAACUGAGCACUUCUGAUUAUGAUGAUUGGAAGUCUACCGUCGACUGA